AUGGCGGCUCCCAGCCCUCUCAGCGAAGCGCGGAAGGAAGACUCGAAGGCCAAUCUGGGCAGGUUCCACUACAUCCACGCCAUGGCUCCAAAGCCGAAACCACCACCGCCGCCGGCACCGCGUUGGGCGACAGCUGCCGCCGACACAGACACAGACAUCGAUACCAUCCAUGACAUUGACCCCGAGCCACCAUAUCCCUGCAGAAAGUCGAACACAAAGUGUCCGUCCAAGUCGUCCAUCGAGCUCGACGUCUUUGGACUGUCAUACUCUGGCCAUGACGCUGCGGCGGAACUGGAAGCUGCCAUCGCCGCCAUCAACACUCGCGCGGAUACAGUUUACGCCCCGGGCCAGGCCGGGUACAUUGAGACCAAGUUUCUCACUGUACUCCGCGGCGAGCCCCAGACCUACUGUGCGAAUGAGUCCACUGCAAGAGUCCGCUUCUCGCCUGGUAAAUGGGACCAGCCGGUCGACACCCUCGUCAAGGACAUGAACGCUGUGCGCCGAGCCCUGGUUGAGAAGGGGUACGAGGCGUACUGGAGCUGCGCCCGGGUUGCAGACAAGCGCAACUGGGGCACGUUCACCUUCACACCUGGCGAAGACGAGACGGACGAGCUCACCGAGACUGAAGCGCGACUGUUUUGUGCCAAACUCUGCAUGGAUCGCGGGCAUGAAACUGUUGACGUGUUUCUCCCGUUCAAAUUCCAGGCUUCGCGCAGACGCCAGAAACCCCUCAUGGUCACCGUCAAGUUUCACCAUGCCGCCUCUGUUCAUCUAUUUGAGGCGGCAAUCGCUGGUGAAGCGCUGGCCAAGGGUCACUACACCGUCACAUACAGCCCAUGCACGGGAGUCAUCUUCCCCGAUAGCCCAGCAACGAUCGCCCUCCCGAAUGUCUCGUCUCAUUCGCUCAAGCUCAUGGAGUGGCAACUUGUCCAACGGAUUGACGAGUUCAACGCCACCCGUGGACUCAAGGAAGGCAUCGUGGUGCGGGGCCGUCUCGUACAUGCCAAGCACUACGUCGUCACCGUAUCCUCCAUGCGCCUCGCAAGCCACCUCUGUCACCCAGAGUGGGCGUACCAGGACAGCAAUGAGUUUGUGUACGACCUCAACGAGCACAAUUUAGCUCGCCGGGACGCUGUCCAGAACAGAAUACGCGAGCAGCAGGAACGCCAGCGACUCAACGAUCUAGAGGAGCUCGACACUCUUCGCUCAGAGACAUACCGUGGACUCAAGGGCGUCGAGGAUUUGAGAAAGCUCCUUGCGACAGAGCGACAGCAGAUCGACCGUCUGGUGUUGCGGUUUGACGAGGACCACAAGCGAUACACGACAACGUUCUUGGCGUUCAUGGAGAUGCUUCAAAAGUGGCUUGCGCAUCAUAACCGCAUGGCCGGUAUCUUCCAUCAGACACUGCUCCGCCGGUCGGAAACUGGGUCGCUUGAAAAUCAGCAACGGCUUAUCCAUGACCGCAUCAGCAAUCUUGACAUUCGGCUCGCCGCCCAGGCGGCAAAUCCGAUAUCGGUUGAACAUCUUCACGAAAGCAGGGGGGAUCUUGUCGCGCAGCGCGAGGACCUUUACCAGCAGCUUCAGGAACGCGAAUCUGGGGACGCGCUGCUGGAAGCUCAACGUGAUCAAUACCUGGCCGACUUCAACCGUGACUGUGACUUUGGCACUCUGGUUUCCGAGCUCCGUGCUGCCACAUUUGAGCCAGUGGAGGAGGACGUAAGGGCAAGCAAGCGUCCUCGGCUGAGCAGUUCGCCCAAAUGA